AUGACCGCGCCCACCGUGGCUCCCCCGCCUAGCCACGCAGCCCGCCCCACCUCCGCUAGCUCCAAGCCACAGCCACAUCGUCGCUCGCCUCGCACCCGCGCGGCCCUCCUGCUCCUCCUCCCCUCCCACGCGCGGUCUGCUGCUUCUACAUCAGCUGCUGCCGCCGUUCGUCCAGCCCCGCGCCGGCCAUUGCCUUCCAGCGCCGCGCCGCCCGCCCUGCUCGCGCCGCUCAUCGCUCCCCUGCCACCCCCGCGGCGCCUCUGUGUCGGUCGCCAUCACCGGCCGCCGCUCCCGCCCACCGGCGCCCGCGGCCCGCUCUCCGGCGCUUGCCCGCGCCGCGCCCCGGCGCCGCCCAGCCGUGGCCUCGCCGCCGCCGGGAACAGUCCCGACCGGCCGGCCUCGCUUCCCCCCCCCCACGUGAUGGGCGCCUGGGUGCGCCCCUGA